AGAGAAAAGCCAUAAAAAUUAAUCUUGGCCCUGACAAAAUUAUAUUCAUGGCUAUAUUGCACACAAAAUACUAACAGCACUCUGCACUGAAGAUGGCAAACAACAUAUAUGCUGUCGUUGAAUUUAUAGAGGAACAAUUAGUGGAAAUUGUUGCAACAUGUUGGAUUGAGACAAUUGAUUGUGAAUUAUACUGCUACUGGCCACGAAAUAAUGCAUCUCAUAAAUUAAGGAAGCUCGAGAUUCCAGACAAAGAAACUUGGAUUGCUUAUAAAGUCAGAGUUUUCUCAUAUACAGAUUCAGUAGCAAAAGCACAAAAGAUUUUGAAAAGGGCUGAAGAAACAUCAAAUGUUGAAUCCGAUUCAGAUUCUGGCCAUGCAAGAAAAAGAAGGCGCACAAAAGCCAGUUUAUUUGAAUAUUCAGAAGGCAGUGAUACGGAUGAAGAUAUCUCAAAAAAUGGGAAAAAGAAGUCAGCCCCUACAUCAUCUUCCCCAGUUAUUACACCAUUGCUCCCUGUUGCACCGAGCUUUUCAUCAAAUCCAUCGAAUGAAAUGAGUCUGCCCAUGGCUCAGAGAAAGGGUUUGUCAACCUUCGAUGUGAGCAAUAGCCUGGGUCAUCAUGAUGUUCUUCAAGAUGGUUCAGUUGUAAAUGCAGUCAAUCAGGUGUUCUCUUUAAAUCCCAGUGAAAUUUUUAGUGCCCUGAGCAAUCCUCUCACUGAUGCAUCUAGGACCAGUUUAAGUUCUGGUGUACAGAAUGUCCAUGGAAGCCAGACUGAGGCUAUUUUUUAUCAAACAGCUGUUGGAACUCCUGAAGGCAACAGGAUUCAUGUGAAAGAAGCCAGCAUUCAUGUUGUCAUAAAACAUGGCCAGUGUUCUGGUGCAACUACAGACUCUUUUGAAACACCAAAAUCAGGCAAUCGCAACUCUCUACAUCAGGAUCACGACAUCAUUUUGCAUAUCAAGAAAGCUGGUCAUCCAUUCCUAACAAAGUUACAUAAUUAA